GAAUUUUUUUAGAAGUUUGACAAAUGUCUGAGUAUAAGUUAUUGAAAUAGUCUUCUGAUGAUGAUAGCCAAGGAAAUUAUCAAAAUGAUAAUUAUUUAAGUGAUUAUUCUCAUUAAUCAAAUUUCAACUUUCAAAAUUGUGAGGAUGAUAAAUGUCAAUAUAUAUAAUAAUAGGAUUAAAAUCAAGAAUUAUAUUAGUUUCCUUAAUAUUCACUUAAAACUGAAAUCUCAAAUAAUGAAUCAAGUUAACCUCACUAAUUUGAAAGGUCCGAAGAUGAUCCAAAUUAACAACCUGCAGAGACUUAAACUAAAAAAAUUAGGGAUAAAUAUAAGAAACCUGAUUUAGAAAUUAAAAAAAAAAUUUCAAAAGGUGAACCUAUUGUUGGUAAAAAAAGUUAAAACAAAAAACAUUAAUAAAAAACUGAAACUAAAAAUUUACCUAAGUUCUUUAUAAAUUGCUUCUUAAAUAGACUAGAGAAAGAAGAUGAAUUGGAGCCAUCAUAAAAUGUUUAAAUCAAGAAAAAAAUAAACAAAUUUGCUAGCAAAUCUUCUUCUUUGAAAACAUUGUAAGAAAUGCUUUAAGAUAAUAUUAUUAAUAAAAUAGUUUAAGAGUAUAUUUGUAGUUUUGAAUUUCUCCAUCAAAUAUUAAAAUCAGAGAGAUUAUAAGACGUAUCACAUCCAAUAAAAUAUUCACAUAAACUAUAUCAAGGAUGUUUUAAUUCAAAUGCUUUGAAUUAAUGGAAAGAAUCCUGA